UCUAGCGGACGCGCACAUGACGCUACCCGUUAUGCCUGUUGACGCCCUUCGAACAAACCGGCAGCGUCGUGGACUAUUCAAUCGCAAGCCGAGCUACUCUUGGUUUAGUGAUCAGUGGUUAUCACGGGCAGCCAAUGCUCUGUUUGAUAAAAACACGUCCUAUUUGGAGAUGGGCCAAACAAGGAAUAAAACUCCCGUUCCAGAGGAUCCCGAAGCUAGGAUGACCUCGAUUGAAAUUAUAACUGGUCGCGGUUAUCCAGCUGAAACCUAUUCAGUGGUUACCGAGGACGGCUAUAUCCUAGAGCUUCAUCGUAUCCCUCACGGUAAGAACUCCGCCGCAGACUCACGUCCUCGCGGCAAACCAAUCCUCUUCCAGCAUGGAUUUCUCGGCAGCUCAGCUGACUGGCUGAUCAGCCCUACCGAUCGUAACCUAGCAUUUCAGUUGGCGGAUUUGGGAUAUGAUAUCUGGAUUUCGAACGCUCGCGGAAACACGUAUUCACGGAAGCAUGAGCGAUUCGAUCCAUCCCAAGAGGCUUUUUGGAAUUUCUCGUGGGAUGAAAUGGGAAAAUACGACAUACCCGCCGUCAUUCAAUUCAUUCUGGCCCGCAACGGAAGGCCAGAAAUGAAGUUGAUUUACAUAGGUUAUUCUAUGGGAGCUUCCAUGUUUUUCGUCGCCAUGGUUGCUCAUCCAGAGCUCAACUCCAAAAUCGAGUUGAUGAUAGCCUUAGCACCGGCUGCUUCGUUGGCGAACAUUGCAAGUCCCGUCUUGCGAGCCAUAGCUCCUUUCGGCAAACAUAUUGAGUUUCUUUUCAGAAUUGCAAGGGUCCGAAAUUUCAUGUUCAAUGACAUGCCAUUCAACAGAGUAAGAGCAAUGUUUUGCCGGAAAAGCUAUUUGCGCGCUGCGAUGUGCCUCAACGUUCUGUUCCUGCUCGUCGGGCAUGACAAUGGCCAUUUUGAUCUGAAUCUUUUGCCAGUGAUUGACGGCCAUAUACCAGCAGGGACAUCAGUCCGCACCUUAAGUCAUUUUGUUAUGAACCACCUUUCAGGGGAAAAUUUCAGUCCGUACGACUACGGGCUGUUUGGAAACAUACAGCGUUAUGGGACGCCAAAGCGACCGCCAUAUGAUCUGAGCAAAGUCAUAGCGCCCGUCUAUCUUUUUUAUGGAGCAAGUGAUUAUCUGUCGACAAGUAAGGACGUUAUUUGGCUUUCACAGAGAUUGCCAAAUGUGAAACAAUUGAUUAAGAUUAAAGACACGCACUAUAAUCAUUUUGAUUUCCUGUGGGCGAAAGAUAACAACAGGCUUAUCUACAGCAAAAUCUUCAGCAUUUUGCCACCACCGACGUAACAAAAUCCGGCUUAGUUAUUUUGCUUUCAAUGCACUUGCGAUUAGCUGCUAGUUGUUGUUUUGAAUCGAAUGGAGUUAAAUAAGGCAAAGCACACUCCAGAUAUGACUGAUUAUAGUAGAUUCCAUUGUUUGUUUGAUAUGAUUGUGUGAUUGGAUAAAACAAAAUGUCAAACUUGCCAGUCACCCCUUUGGAUAUAGCGAGACUUUUAUUUUAUUUAUCAUUUUUUUUACGCCGAUCUUUAUUCCCUCGCCUGAUUGUUUAUACAUGAACCGUUGAUAACUGA